AUCUUUUUUAUUUACCAAGAAUAUACAAAGUCCCGUUUCUCUGAACACAGGAGGAAUCAAAUAAUGGGAGGCAAUGUCCUUGCUCACAGGUCCAAGGUUCUUUUAGCUGGCACCUCCACCCUAAAUCUCUCUCUAGGCUUCUCCCAGGGCCACAUCACACUUCCAGGCUGUGUCUGUCUCUGUCCUGCUUCUUCCUCACCACAUCAACCCUUGGUUAAAAUAAUACUGAGCAAAAUCCCUCUGCCCACACUGUAAAUUCCUGAUCUCAUUCACGUAUGCCAUUACUUUGGGCGAUGAUGUACGCUUAACUGCCCCAAUGGUUAUAUUAAAUGAAGGGCAGUGGUUAAACCUAUAUUAUUAUUUGCAUGACCGUAGCGCCCAUGUGUGUCUAUCUGUCCAGGUGCUUAUAUGAGCUCUCCAUCACUGAAGUAGCUGAGCAAAUGGUCACCCAGACAUCUAAUUGGACUUUGCAUGCACAAUCACUGCGAAUGCCCAGGGGACUUGUGCAUACAAUAAAAUCUGGCCCCGUGUUUUCAAAAUACUGUGCAAACAUUGGGAUAGAUUCGCUUCUGCUUGAAGGCCCCAGCUGCAGGGGAGCCCUCUCAGGAGUAGAGGAGGCACAAGAGUGCAAGCGGCCCUCAUACCUGUUGUGCCCAGAACCAUCUGGUGCAGCCCUAAAACGGGGUGAGGGCAGCUAGGGGAGGGGACAGAGCCAAGGAAGGCCCCUGGCAGAGGUGCUCCCUGGGUCGAUUUGGUGGGAUUCUAGUGGGGCUCCGCCCUUGGCUGGACACUACUUGCCCUCCUGUAGGGGUGAAUCUCGCCUCUGGUGCAGCUACACACAUGGGCACAAGGAGCGUACACUGGAGCCCCCAUGGGCCCAGCCAUGAAUCAAGCCCACUAGCUAACACAUACGAGCCCAGCCCUGAAUCCCUUACUCAGCUUUGACUCCCUCCUUCCUCAGCGAAAAUACCCAUGAGAAUUUUGCCUGGGUAAAAAGGUCAGGACUUGGCCCUGUAACUGUAGACCCAGACAUAGAGGUCCCUAUGCCCGUUAACCCCAUGCAUGUGCCCGCUCUUGGAGCAGCGCAGCUCUGGGGAAUACUAGCUACUUCCCAGGUCUGACUGCUCCUCUGCACUUGCUAAGCUGAGUGACAUGCCUGUCCCCUCCUUUUCUGGUCAUCCUUUUGUGACAGACGCUUCGCCUCUCCUCCUGUCCGCCCCAGAUGCCAGGCAGCCCUGCUUCUUGGCUUCUCGUGUCUCCAGCCCAGCAUAUAACUAAUAGAUCCCCUCCUCAAUCCCAUUUUGCUGUCAUAAUUAAGCUUAUUCUGCUAUAUCCCCUCUUGUUCCCAAGCAGCUCUCCAAAGGGUCUUUGGAGGUUUCUUAUUUGUUCUAAAUCCAAGUAUCUCUCUCUCUGCUCCCAGAAUGUGCGGAGGAGAAUUUAAACAGGGACUGAGGGUGUUAAAACCACAAUGUUUCUCUUUAAAGCGGGUCUGCCACCAUGGGGCGAGAUGCUCGUGCAUGAGUCACACCCAAAUGCUAAGCAAGAUCACAGCUCCUUGGAAUACAGAGCACCGGUGGGAUCUGCGAAUCUAUUGCUCUGAAAGUGCAGGUGGCAACAGGUGGGUAGCCUCCAGAUGCUGCUCUUGUUCUGUUUGGCAUAACUAUCCAAGAGAUCUGCCCUCAAACAAAGGGAUUUGCCAUCUCCUCCUGCUAGAUCCUGCAGUGAUGUCCUCUUGCCAGGCUGGUGACAUUAAAGUCAUUUCCAUGGCAACACACUGUGAUAUCACAAACGCAGGCGGCUGACCUCAUGACAGGGUCCAGUAGAAGGAAACCCCCUUGGUGCUAAUCUGCCACCCAAAGAAGGGUUGUUAUAUAUUGGGUAACAAAACACGCAGACCUGCCACUCCACUGUUUGAUGGAACCCACCCUUCUGGUCCCCCAGCACAGCUGUGUGUCUGCACGGGAGCCUGCUGUUUGUUUAGGGCAGAGAGAUGAUUUUUUCCAUGCAGCGCCAAGCAUGCUGUCAGCACGCAACAGAUACAUAACAAGAAGCAUGAGAAGCUGCAUUCCAGAGGCUGGGAGGAAAAGAGGAGUGGCUCUCCUUAAAUAUAUUGACAGAUGUAACGAAUAAUAAAAUGACGUUGCCGAUCUCUAGCCUCUUCAAUAUCUGGAUCUCAAAGCUUUUCCUGAACAGGAAUGAACAAACCCUCCCGCUUCCCUGAGGUGAGUCAUGAUCAUUAUCUUCUUUUACAGAUGGGGAAACUGAGGCACGGAGGGAGUCUGAGCAAAACUUUCAAUCCUGGGUGCCUGAAGUUAGGCACCUCAAUAUGUACUGAGGGACUGAAAUAUGGGACCUGAUUUUCAGUGGUGUUGAGUCCUGACAGCGCCCACUGAAGCCAGUGAGAAUCGGGUCACUUUUAUUUAGCUGCCUAACUAUGGAUUUAGGAGUCUAUCUUUAGUAGGGUGGCCAGAUGUCCCGAUUUUAUAGGGACAGUCCCAAUAUUUGGGGCUUUUUCUUAUAUAGGUGCCAAUUACCCCACACCCCCGUCCCGAUUUUUCACCUACUCUCUGGUCACCCUAAUCUUUAGGUACCCAAGUCUGAACAUUUUGGCUUGAGUAUCUUGCUCCAGGCCACACAGAGGGUCGGGGACAGAGGAAGAGCUCAGUUCUCCCAAUUAUCAGCCUUAGCUACGGGACCAUCCUUCCUCCCACUCACGAAGACAUUACAGCAAAUGAACACCAGUACAACUACCCCUGAUCACAGGCCGUAGAGAUGGGAAAGCCCCGUUAGGUCCCAUCUAGUCCAUCUGCAGAACCCGGUAGGAUCCUUCCCUCUAAGCUAUUUACUAGAUCUUUUUGUCCAGUCUAGGACAACAAACAAAUGCCUCAAGAGUGUCCAGCGCCUAGCACGGUGCGCGACUGGGCCUCUAGGCGCUAAGUAAUAACAGGGAUGCUAUUGAAGUUUGAUUCCAGCUGACAGCCCCACUUCAACUGCAUCGCUGAUAUGCUGUAUUAACUCUGGGCUUUGAAUGGCAACCCCAGCCCCCUUGUGUGGCUUGCACGAAUUGCUGGGAAUCCUUCGUGAAAGAUACAGGUCAAGCUGCAGCCUCUCUCUCCCCCUUGCUCUUCCUGCUGGCCUGGUUUGAGUGCAUGUAGCUUCGGUGCGUUUAUCUGCCUGCUGCUAAGCUGUCUCCCUCCCCGAUCGCGCUGCUUUGAUUCAGUAAACAGCCAAGACUUCCAGUGUUUCCCCCCCACUCCCCAGGACUAAGCAGCGAGUCCCUCUCCCUGGCAGCGACCCGCCUGAGAUAGCUGGAGUGAUUCACCUGUAAUUCCUCUCCCCUUCCCCACCACCCGCCUGCCGCUCGGCUCCUUUAUCAUCAUCGUGUUCUCUGUGCGGAGGAGCAGAAACAAGAAACUAAAAAAAAAAAAAGCACGUAAAAAAGCGCUGUAGAAAAGCAGAGCAAAUUAAGCAGCCCCCGGAUCCGCUUGGGUUUGCGCUUGCCAAAAAUGCACCAUGCAUCUUAAUUCGCUCUGCUGCUCAGCUCUCACACGCGGCUCUCCUGGUGCCAUUUCGGCGCUCUCAAGCCAGCCUUUCCAACACUUCAUUCUUCUUCGGGUGUGUGUGUGUGUGUGUGUGAUGGCAGAAUCUGCUGGUGCAAGGGAGCGAAAGAGAUCUCCCCCCCCCCCCCCUUGCCUUGCAGCUCGCCCGGCAGUUCCAGACGAUCCACUGGGUCCCCGUUGCAUUGUUCCCAGCCGCCUCUAUUUUGGCGGGGGUGCAUUUUCUCGAAAGUGCUUCUUGGGCGCUCUCCAAUCUAUUUUACACCCACCCCUGGGAGCUGCCUGUUAUCUCCCCGGGAUCCUGAGCAAAGAAACGCCUAACCCGGAAUCCGCGGCGGGGCCAGGCUCCUCGGUUUCAGUGCGUGUCUUUCCGGCGGGCUGUCCGGAUUGCAGCGAAAAAAAUAAAAUAAAAUAAAAAGGAGAAAAAGAAAGUAAAAGCAGCGGAAGACAAUCUCCCCUCCCCCUCUUCUCAAUUGCAAUCCCAACUGGAACUUUCCCUCUUCCAGCCGGGAUGCCUUUCCUCCUCUCCAGUCCUCAGCUUUGAUCCCAGCCUCUUCUUUUAAGUGGAAGGGGGUGGGGGGUAGGGAUCCUUUUUAUUGCAGAGAGGGAAACACGCCGAGACGGGAUUUCUUUGCAGGCACUUGUGCAAUCUAGCUCUACGGAUACGUAUAUAUUUUUGCACGCAUCUCCUGCUGCAGCAGAUCCAGCCAGCGUGGGGGAGGGGAUGGAGAGGGUGCACCCUCCUCUCCUGAUCCUCUCUUCUUGCCUCUGUGUGGGUUUUUUUGCAGAAGCAGCAGUCGGAGAUGGAUGUCUCUCUUUGCCCUACCAAGUGCAGUUUCUGGAGGGUAUUUUUGUUCUGGAGCAUUUGGGGAGACUAUCUGCUUUCGGGGCUGGCUUGCCCUGCGAAUUGCCUUUGCAGCAAGACAGACAUCAAUUGCAAGAAGCCGGAUGAUGGGAACCUCUUCCCUCUCUUGGAAGGGCAGGAUUCAGGCACCAGCAAUGGGAACACCAGCAUCAACAUCACUGACAUCUCAAGGAACAUCACUUCAAUACACAUAGAGAACUGGAAGAACUUGCAGACGCUGAACGCUGUAGACAUGGAGCUGUACACGGGACUCCAGAGGCUGACAAUCAAGAACUCAGGACUUCGCAGCAUCCAGCCGCGAGCCUUUGCCAAGAACCCUCAUCUGCGCUACAUAAACCUCUCCGAUAACCGGCUUACCACUCUGUCAUGGCAACUCUUCCAGACACUGAGACUUUCUGAACUGACACUCGAAAGAAACCUUUUUAACUGCAGCUGUGACAUCCGCUGGAUUCAGCUCUGGCAGGAGAAAGGUGAAGCAAAUCUGCAGAAACAGGAGCUGUACUGCAUGAACAUGGAGGCUGCUGUCAUUCCCUUGCAGGAGAUGAACAUCACCCAGUGUGAUCUGCCCGAGAUCAGCGUCAGCCACAUUAACCUGACUGUGCGGGAAGGCGAGAAUGCGGUGAUCACGUGCAAUGGCUCAGGUUCGCCGCUGCCUGACGUAGACUGGACAGUUGCCGAUCUGCACUCCAUCACUACUCAUCAGACGAACCUCAACUGGACUAACGUUCAUGCCAUCAAUUUGACCCUGGUGAAUGUCACCAGUGAGGAUAACGGUUUCCUCCUGACAUGUAUUGCUGAGAACGUGGUGGGAAUGACCAAUGCCAGUGUGCUGCUCACAGUCUACUAUCCGCCACGCAUUCAGAGCCUGGAGGAGCCAGAGCUGCGUCUGGAGCACUGCAUUGAGUUUGUGGUGCAUGGGAACCCGGUGCCCAGCCUUCACUGGCUGCACAAUGGUCAGGUCCUCAGGGAGACUGAGAUCAUCCGCAUGGAGUUCUACCAGCAGGGUGAAGUGUCUGAGGGCUGUCUACUCUUCAACAAGCCCACUCACUACAACAAUGGCAACUACACCCUCGUGGCCACUAACCAGCUGGGGACAGCCAACCGGACCAUCAAAGGGCACUUCCUCGAGAAGCCCUUUCCAGAGAGUACGGAUAACUUUGUUUCAAUUGGUGACUAUGAAGUGAGCCCCACCCCACCUAUCACUGUGACCCACAAACCAGAGGAGGAUACAUUUGGGGUAUCCAUAGCAGUUGGGCUUGCAGCUUUCGCGUGUGUCCUCUUGGUGGUGCUCUUUAUUAUGAUCAACAAGUACGGUCGACGAUCCAAGUUUGGGAUGAAAGGUCCCGUGGCAGUGAUCAGCGGGGAGGAGGAUUCUGCCAGCCCCCUCCAUCAUAUCAACCAUGGCAUCACCACACCCUCGUCGCUGGAUGCUGGCCCGGACACGGUGGUGAUCGGCAUGACCCGUAUCCCUGUCAUCGAGAACCCCCAGUACUUCAGGCAGGGCCACAACUGCCACAAGCCAGACACAUAUGUUCAGCAUAUUAAGAGGAGAGACAUCGUUCUGAAGAGGGAACUGGGAGAAGGUGCCUUCGGGAAGGUGUUCUUGGCCGAGUGCUACAACCUUAGCCCCACCAAGGACAAGAUGCUGGUGGCAGUGAAGGCUCUGAAAGACCCCACUUUGGCAGCCCGCAAGGAUUUCCAGAGGGAGGCAGAGCUGCUCACCAACCUGCAGCAUGAGCACAUUGUCAAGUUCUAUGGGGUCUGUGGUGACGGGGACCCUCUCAUCAUGGUCUUUGAAUACAUGAAGCAUGGGGACCUGAAUAAGUUCCUGAGGGCGCAUGGCCCAGAUGCUAUGAUCCUGGUGGAUGGGCAGCCUCGACAGGCCAAGGGGGAGCUGGGGCUGUCCCAGAUGCUGCACAUCGCUAGCCAGAUUGCCUCUGGAAUGGUGUACCUUGCUUCCCAGCACUUCGUCCACAGAGACCUGGCAACCAGGAACUGCUUGGUCGGAGCCAACCUGCUCGUGAAGAUUGGAGACUUUGGGAUGUCAAGAGAUGUCUACAGCACUGAUUACUACAGGGAAGGGCCGCAUCCGAAGGGCCAAUGCAGCGCAGCGUGGCAGCGGCAGAGACUAGCACGACCAGCAGCUAAAACAGGGGCCUCUACGUUAUUCACUACACACCAUACAACAUCUGCAGUGAAAGAGGAAAGGAUGCUGUGGAUACCACCCUCAUUCAUGACACACCAUACAAUAUCUGCAGUGAAUGAGGUUGGAGGACACACCAUGCUGCCCAUCCGCUGGAUGCCCCCUGAGAGCAUCAUGUACCGGAAGUUCACAACGGAGAGUGAUGUGUGGAGCUUUGGGGUGAUCCUCUGGGAGAUCUUCACAUAUGGGAAGCAGCCCUGGUUCCAGCUCUCAAACACAGAGGUCAUCGAGUGCAUCACCCAAGGCCGAGUCUUGGAGAGGCCUCGAGUUUGUCCCAAGGAGGUUUAUGACAUCAUGUUGGGCUGCUGGCAGAGGGAACCUCAGCAGCGGCUCAACAUCAAGGAAAUCUACAAGAUCCUUCAUGCUCUUGGCAAGGCCACACCAAUCUACCUGGACAUCCUUGGCUAGCAGUGGCCACUUGUCAAAAGUUCCUGCUCCUUCCUUCCUCCACCCACCCUACCUCCUCUGCUCCCGACCCCUUUCAGCCCCCAAGCAAACAUCUUCAUAUAAACUCAAGUGCCUGCUACACAUACAACACUGAAAAACAAAACAAAACAAAACAACCUGUAAGGCAGUUUGGCUUAUAUAUAUUUAUAGAUAUAUAGAUAUAGAUAUAUAUACCUUCCACACCAAUACAGAAAGAAGCUGCUGUUACAGAAACUAUAAGACUUUAAAAAAUAAAACAAAAAAGAAGAGAAGAAACUUAAAGUACUUAAAAAAAAAAAAAGGAGGAAUCUUUUCCCCCAAGCUGUGGAGAAGUGAAACAUGACCUUGCUGUGCUUUGUCCGCUCGGGCUGAGCUCAAGACUCUUGCUAGUGCAGAGACGCAGUCCCAGGGAAAAGCUCUGGGAGGAGGCCCUGCCCCGUUUGUAAGAUAUGCACUGAAUGUGUGACUCAGUCCCCGCCUGGACAUUUGGGCUCUGAGCCAGGGCAGUGCCCCUGGAGGAACUUGCAAUUCCACCCGCCCACCUUCCCACCCUUUUCCUCCUUUUGACAUUGCAGGACAAUUUUUCUAAUUUGCCAAUUCUUAAAUGUAUAGACUCAAGGCUUUCGGAACAUAUAGUAAAGGAUCGCGGCACCUACGGGUAAACCACAUACGAGAAACAGCCACCCUCCCACAGAACACAGACAAGAGGAACUGAACCUUUCUAUUGCCCAGCGCCAAUCCUUUGUCAGACUCUGGGGAUCAGUGCCGGGGACCAGAGCAGCUGCCUGGGAGAGCCAUACAGAGAGCAGAGUUGGGGAGGGGUCUGUGCCAUUGUAAGGAUGCUUUGACCUCACUUUGGCAUGUGGGACAGGCACCCAGCCCAUGCGUCGCCCCCAAAUAGGGGGUGUUUUUGAAAGCAAAACCCUCCACCCUGCUUAUUUUGCCAGGAGACAUGGUAGAGAUGUGAGGAGAGCCCCUGCCAUACAGAUGGGCCAAAUUCAUCCCUGGCGCAACAGCGCUGAAAUCAGGGCUUUCCCCCCCAGCGUGUGUUCAAAGGCUGUAGUUUGUCAUCUGGCUGGGGACUGGCUUGCACGGCUUCAGGGGUGCUCUUCAGGGUUAGUACACCAUGCUGCCCCUCCUUCCUUUCCCCCACCCCCACCAUCCACCCCCCCUCUCCCUUGGUCCAAUACCUAGUAUAUCUGCCAAAGGGAUGGGGGUGGUGCAGGGGAAACGAAGGGGUCUGGGAGAUGGCUGGGAACCUAUCAGCACCUGCCCAGGCCCUGUUGACAUUCCCCUCACGUCUCCAGGCCCUGAAAGGAUUGAUGCAUCUGCCUUUGAGCUGCUGUGAAAAUGCAGAGGCUGAAGAAUAGCUCCACUGGUAACCCGGGGAGCUGGGGGAGGGGAAGGCGGUGCUUUCCCGAGGAGACGGCUCAGCAAAUGGCCACUGCGGCCAGCCUUGCAUGUCAAUGAGGACAAAGGCCUGGCCAAGGGGACUGGGACAGCCAGGGGAGGGGCAGAGAAGCAGUCCCUAUCCCACGCCCCCAUCAAUAAAAGGAAUCAACUUCCUGGCAAAAGGUUUCCUCAGAGGUGGGCUCCUGCUCGAAGCAGGCCUGGGAAACAAAACAUUUCUGGUUCGUUUCUCCUCCGGCUAAUGGAGGACGAGGGGACAACAUGCCGCUUGGCAGCUCUAGCCAGGAGGAGGGUGCUGUCAAGGCAGAGUUUGAAAGGUGACAGCUGUAGACCCAGAAAUAGCUUGUUGGGAUGUGGCCCUUGUCAUGGAAGGAGUGGGGGGAUCUCCUCUCCUCCCCCCCAUCCAGCACCCCCCGCCCAGAGCAAUCGACAGGGCAGGCUGCAUUCGAGAAAGGAUGCUUCUGUCCAGGUGGUGACGUAGUUGUGGUGCGCUGCACAGAGGAAACCCCCUUCUCCGCCCCAUACAAUCACCCCAUUUAUCUGGAGCUGUCUUGUUCCUGGCUUAAAUCAGAGGAGGGGGCCCUGGCACAGGGAGGGGAAGAAAGCAGAUCCAGGGGAAGGCCCCUCUGGUGCUAGUGGAGUAGAGUCUGCAGGGGCUGAGGCUGCUGGAGAGGGGUGGGUGCAGUGGCUUAUUUGGUCCAGGCGGUGCUUGCUGUAAUAAAGGCAUUGGGGAGGGGAGGGGAGACAAAAUGUGACUCCUUGGCCCGCCUUACAAAAACCAGGAUCUGUCAGUGCUUGGCGGUAAGGGGCGAGGCCAGUGCAGCAGACUCUGGAGUCAGGGCAGUGUGCUGGGUUGUUCGCAUUACAAUGCUGAAUGAUUGUGUACGGGUCACUUUGAAUAACAGAACUGAGCUGUUGGCAGGAGGACGGGCAGGGAAGGGGUGUUAAUGGCCCCAGAGAUCAUAGAGAAACCACAAUCUAGUGCCCCACUCCCCCCAUGCUCUGCAUGGCUUUGUUCUCCUGGGGCACCAGGACAAUGGGAGCUGGCUUUGGUGAGGGGGGCACCCCGUCUUUUCCCUUCCCCCCCGCCAUUUAACUAACCCUUCAAACCCCUUUCCCCAGUCAUAGCACUCAUAGACCCUGCAAUUCCAUGUUAAAUUCAGGAGCACCCCACCCUCCAGCUCUGCUGCAAACCAGGGAUCCCUCCCCCCCACCCCAUCCCAUGAGUGGUGGGUUCCCCAAGCCAGCUCUGUGUGUGGGCAUCUGAGCAAGGUCAGGGCAGGAGCAAGGAAAGACAUCAGGCCUGAAUGCAGCAUGGUUAUUAAUAACUGGUCUAAUGAAAAGAAGAAAGAUGUCCCCUGAAAGAUGUUAAGCUCCCGACACCGAGAUUCAGGCUGUCAGACUGCCCCAUUCUUAGCCCCACCAAAUGCAAUUAUGGCUUUGGGGAAAGGUUCUCUUGUCAAAGCUUGUUUUGAGCAGCUGCUCAGCAAAAGAGCAAGGCAGGGUUGAUACCGUGGCAUGGAGUCAUGACUCCCCUGCUGCUGUUGCUUUGGCUCUGUGCGUGUCAGGUUUUGCUUCUGUUAGUUUCGUUUCUGUACAGGUGAGAGGAAAUAGUUGCAGACGUGCUGUGGGAGUUGGGAAGGACGCUGGGCCGAGUUAUAGGGGAAAAUACCCAGGAGUCUCCUGUUUGCUGGAAUUAAUACAGAGUCCCUUUAGUCUGCGUGAGUGGCUCUUUCACCCACCACAGGACCAGAAGUUCCUGAUGGCUGUGGAGCCUAUGUGGUCCCACUGUGUCAGAGAUAGCGCAGGGUUUGGGGAAACCCAUACAGUGUGCCCCAAAGCAAAGAUCUACUCUAGAAUGUGGGUGCCUUUGUGGGCCAGGGAGGCACAAGUGACUCCAACAUUGUGCAGAUCAUCCAUUUGCUCCCCCCAUGAAGAGGGUUAGCUAUCGCUCUGCUGCCAGGAACACCGAGCUCUCCCCCAGCCUGGCUACUCAUGCCAUGCCCAAGGACCGCAGUUGACUCUGGCUUAGGCUUAUUUUAAUCCCCUCCCCAUAUCCCCACACCAGGGCAUUCCCAUUACUCGACUCCUUUAACUGAGCUGGUCCCCAAAUGCCUUUUGAAAGGGGUGGUGGGCCAGACCCGAGGGCAGUCCUGGACCUUAGCUGAGAACAGGACUGUUGCCCUUCCUGGCACUCACAGUGGGGCACUUUUACUUAGGGAAGAGAUUAACCCAGGCAAUUCCCUUCGAGGGUUUCACCUAGAUGGACACCUGCUGGGCAAGAGGGCGCUGUGCUGUGGUUGGCCCUGGGUUGUGGUCUCAGUGACCUCAUGUUUUGUUUUUUUCACAUCUGUGAUUUCCCAUUUCUAACAUUUAGGUGAAGCGGAUACUUCUUGAGGGUGGGCCAUCGAGCACUCAGUGUUUAAAUGGGGCUCAACCCCAUCUCUUGAAGUCAGCCUUCUAUUUUGCGUGCCUGUAUUGUUCUCACAAAGCUCUCUACACUCCAGUUUUUGCACACACCUCUUAGACUUGGAUGGUCAUUACAUGCUUUGUUUGUGCAAACCUGAUCAGCUGGCACAUGCCUGUGAAUUCAGGGUUUUGAAUUUGCAUGAACUUGGGUGUGAAAAAUGGCAUGCAAAAACUUCAGUGUGGGGGAAUAUAUGUGCAAAAGCAAGUGUGAAAAUGAGGUUCCAUUAUAGAGGCUGCUUUUGAAAAUGUGAUCUUCAAAGCAUCUCCGAUUGCCUCUCUCCAGUAGUGGGUAGAAUAAGGUGUCUCAAUUAGACAGCACUUGGAAAAGACCUCGUAAGGAAGGGGACAGUAUUACAAGUCCAGCACACUACUUGGGUUAAGUCAGGGAUUGGCAACCUUUGGCACACAGCCUGCCACGGUAAGCCCCCUGGUGGGCCAGGCCAGUUUGUUUACCUACCAUGUCCUCAGGUUCGGCCAAUCGCAGCUCCUGAUGGCCGUGGUUUGCCACUCUGGGCCAACGGGGGCUGCGGGAAGCAGCGGCCAGCACAUCCCUUGGCCGUUAAGUAAACCAUAACAUCCCUGGGUUAAGUAAACCAUAGUUGUAUUAGGAAGGGCUAGUGUUCUAUUAAAUUCCUAGUGGUGCUGAUGAUAGAAACUGAAAUAAAAAAUAAAUUGUGUGACUGAGACUACAGGAAAAUGAGGCUAUAACUCUGGGCAAACACUGGCAAAAAAGCAAAGGUCACCAGCAGGCAGGGGUCUGAACUAUGCUGUGUUGUGAGCUUUUCUCAUCUGAAAUACAAGCAGAACAAGGCCUGAGCAAUAUUAAACCUUUCAGGGACAAAGGCAGGGAAAUCCAAAGCUAAGGCUGCUGUUUUCUCUUCCGAAGAAAGGCUUUUACUUCUCAGGACCCAAGUGCGUUUGCUGCCUAAUGUGCUAGCGAUAUCAGCAGCUGUAACUGCAGAAACACAGAACCGGGUCUCGGCUGGCAGGUGAAGAAAGACUUGAUUUAAGCGCUGUUGUUCGUUGGGUGUAUGUAUUUGUCAUUGGUGAGUCUGCAUCUAAAGUGUGUUCUGUUCAGAGCUGGGAUCUUUAUUACGGUUGCAUAUUUAUUUUUAUAAUGAGGCGUUUCACUUCCUGCACCCAACGGCAAGUCUCAUUUUACAGGCUGUGAGUGAAAAAUGUUGCAUUCAAGGCUGGUAGCCAAAUGUACUGAAGGCUACUCCUUGCUCUCUGCAGGUGACUUUUACACCUAAGGGUGGCCCAGUACAGUGCUUCCCCUCCUCUGGGGCAGCUGUACCAGUUUACUAGACCAAAACUGUGACCCAUGCCCUGUGCUUUCCUGUACAGUUACUGGGGCUUAGCAGCUGAAGCUCAGUUACACACCACUAAAUGGGAAGCUGGCAGUGAUGCCAGGCUAAGGCCUGAGCGAGAAUGCAAGCGAGAGCCUAGAGUAUCUGUCAGAUGAGGACGUGCCAGUUUUGGGGCAGGGAAGAACCAACUGUUGAGAAGACAGACACACCAGAAAGGGUAGCUUGCCCCCUUGGCUCUCCGUUCACUGGGACUUGGUUUAAGCCUCUAGUAUUUUUUGUACAAAGAGGGGGAUCUGGGAGGAUUUAAUCUCUGACGGGAUAUUUAGCACUUGGGUCGUUCCCUUUGCAUGGGCCAGGUCUUGGCUGUGAAGCAGUCCCUCCUGUUUACCAGGAAGAGCCUGGGUUGUGUUCUGUGCUGGUUAGUUAUGCCUCUGCAAUGGCUCCUCUCUGCUUUUGAGACGCCUACUCGCUUUCUCUAAAUGUGGAUUUUCACAUGCAGGGGGAGCUGACGGGCGGGGCGGGGGGUUGGCCGGUGAUCAGGUCUAAUGGCUCCAUACAGUUUUGCCCUGCGCAUGGUGGGAAGACAGGACGCCCAUGCCAAGAAAAGCACUCAGCAGGUCCAUGCUUUGGUUCGGUGCAAAGGCACAUCCCCAAAGGCUCUGCUGUGCUACUGUGUCUUUUUGAAGGAGUAGGAUGGGACUGCACCUUUGGGGUGAGUAUGCUGUCGGCUUGCAAAGGAGAAGAAGUUGCAGGGGGGAACGUGCCAAUUUGUGCCCCAUUAGCAUAAUGGCUAAGUGGAAAAACUUGCUUAGCUCUUCUCCAGAAUCACUGCUAGAAACUGUGCUCCUGGCUGGGACCUGGCGGGUCCUGUGUCUAGCCGAGUGAAUGCGUACAAAGACACACACACACACCCCCCCGAGUGGCCAAUGGCACAGGCGUAUGUAGUCUCUGCCCCAGUGGAACGCAGAGGUAACAGUGCGCCCUUCAGUCACUUUCAUGCCCCUUGUUCCUUGUCUGUACGACGUUAGGCAGUGGAACAGGUUCCCAGCCAAAGUGGUGGAAGUCUCCUUGCUUGCAGCUUUUAAAACUAUGUUAGACAAUUGUGGGGAACGAUCUUGCUUAGGGCCCCAGGAGACAGGCUAAGUGAUCUAAUAGGUCAUUUUCAUCUCUAGCUUCUGUGGUUUCUCACUGGCCACAAUUUCGCAAGGCUUCUUCACAGCCCCUGCUUCUAAAACAACCAGCUCUAACAUUCCUCAAAGAAAAUGGAUGAUUAUCACAUAACUCCCAUUGGCACUCAGGGAUCCCCUAUGGGAACUAAUCUCCCAGACAAAAAAAGGGACUGAUCCUACAGCCUGAAGCCAGUAGCCCAGCAGCUGUUCUGAAGAGGUGUUGAGCUGCAGAACUACUGGCUUCUUAAGACAAGGGCCCAGCAGGAGAUGACUGAAAUGCCUCUGUGAAGGAAAUCAUAGCAUUGGGAGGUCUGAACAUUUUUUCUUUUGCGCACACUGGCUCUCUGUUGGUUUCCAGCCUCCCAGAUCUUUGCUGCUUGAUAUUUAGAUAAGUGAAGUUGCUGCAUUUGCUUCCUUCCGGAAAAAUAGGACUGGCACAAGCCCUGUGAUUUUCCUGGUGGAGAUGCAAUAAGCUUCCCUCAAACCCCACCCCCUGCCACUCCACCCCCGACACGUUUCCUUUCUGUCCCUGUAGUUCUCCGGGAGUGGCAAAUGGACUUUUUAAAGUGAGCGAAAGUCUUAAUGUGAGGUGAAUCUGAAGCCCACAGUUUGGACUUCAAACAGUGAGAAAAUUGGCGCUGAAUGAUUCCGCACACAAAGCAGAAAACUUUCAUUUCCUGCAGGCAGGAUGGAAUUGACUGUUAUAUUAAGACUUCAGAAGGAGCACUGCCCUGGAGUAAUUCCACUGCUGUCAGGCAAUGUUGACAUCUAGAUUAACCUCUGUGCAGUGAAUUUUACAGCAAAGCUCAUCGUGAUGCGUGUGGGAUAUCUCCUGUAAAUCCCAGCUGAAACCAAGGGUGUCCCACCCCCCUCUAUGAAAAGAAGGAGAAGAGCCUGGCAAGCGACUGUGUUUCUUUUACCUCAGCAGAACGCGGCUCUGACCUCAUCCAGGCCAUUCCUGCUGAGACAGGCUUUCUCCUCUGCUAAAGUGACAGGAGUUUUAGCCCAUAUUUUUUUUAAUUCCCCCAAGGUAUUUAAAUCAAGGGGAUGAAAGGCUCUUUGCUAUUGACAAACAGGUCCUGCCAUGUAUCCACAAGUAGACAGUCGUAGUUAAAAGGAACUGGUUAACCAGUGGCUGUUAGCUUCUCUCUCUGAUUAACUCCAAACUAGGGCACUGAUGAGACCUGAUCCGGUGAGCAAUGCCACUCACUCUCACAGCUGCUGCCAACAGGCUGCAUCUAGUGUUAACCAGCCAAACAAGAGGCUAACUAUUUAAACUGUGAGCAUGACAAAAGAUGCAUAAAUUAAAGGAGUUCACGUAGUUCAUUCUGCAGAAGUCAAAGGCCAUUGCAAGAGAAGUCUCCGAACUCCUUAUUUCUUUGCUCUGGCUGUUAAAUCCAAACUGCAAGGUAGGAGCAAGUACCCUUGGUAUUUUCUUUAAGAGUAGCUUCAGCAGCAAAAGUUUCAAGGGCUGAGAGGUACAGAAGCGGAACUGCCUUCUCCUUCCUUGUACGCUAGAGACAAUGCUCUCAACAGGCAUUAGUAGGUACCUAGUGAUGUCACCUAGUCCUUUUGAUUACCUCUGUGUAGAUAAGUACUGUCAGCUAGAAAAUGUCGGAACUUGAGGGUGUAUCUUUCAUUCUAGCUGUUCUUUAUGCCUUGCUCUUCUUGUUCAUCUCUGAACUCAUAUAUGUCUAUAAUCAAUAGCAAAAAUUCUAGGCACAUCUUGAAUACUGUGUGAAGAUGUGGUCGCCCCAUCUCAAAAAAUAUAUAUAUUGGAAUUGGAAAAGGUUCAGAAAAGGACAACAAAAAUGAUUAGGGGUAUGGAACAGCUUCCAUUUGAGGAGCGAUUAGUAAGCCUGGGACUUUUCACCUUGGAAAAUUGAUGACUAAGGUGGGAUAUGAUAGAAGUCUAUAAAAUCAUGAUGGCUGUGGAGAAAGUAAAUAAGGAAGUGUUAUUUAGUCCUUCUCAUAACACAAGAACUAGAUGAAUGAAAUUAAUAGGCAGCAGGUUUAAAACAAACAAAAGGAAGUAUUUUUUCACACAACACAGUCAACUUGCGGAACUCCUUGCCAGAGGACGUUGUGAAGGUCAGGACUAUAACAGCGUCCAAAAAAAGAAUUAGAUAAGUUCAUGGAGAAUGGGUCCAUCAAUGGCUAUUAGCCAGGAUGGGCAGGGAUGGUGUCCCUUGCUUCUGUUUGCCAGAAGCUGGGAGUGAGCGACGGGAUGGAUCACUUGAUGAUUACUUGUUUUGUUCAUUCCCUCUGGGGAACCUGGCAUUGGCCACUGUCAGAGGACAGGAUAUUGAGAUAGAUAGACCUUUGGUCUGACCCAAUAUGACCAUUCUUAUGUUCUUAUACAGCUCUCAUUGACUCAGCUGGAGUUGUGUGUCCUCUGCAUCUCUGAAAUCAGGCCUAUAAACUCUUUUUUGAACCUGUAUUUGCUAUCCCCAAUUAGAAUACAGCUGGAAGGGUUGCCUCCAAGGUUACAGAGAAGGUCAUGGUGUCAUUUUUGACUAUGGAAAGAAUAUGGUCAACCAAUUUAACCAACAAAGAAAAUCAAACUUGGUGGCCUAAUGUAAAAAGUAAUCGGUAUUGUAUUUUGCUUUGGACAUCCAUGCAUUAAUAUUCUGCAAAUAUGAUUUCCCCUUUGUUUGUAUUAUUGAUGCUAUAAAAUGUCAAACACGCUAAAAAAACAAACUAAAAAAUCCUUCAGCAACCCAGCCUUUGGGGUUUGGAGUAAUUUUGGCUGAGUCACAAAUAAGGUUGCUGUCCCUUUUGCUUCUCAUGGAUAUUAAUGCACUGGUCACUCAAUCUACUGCUGACUUUAAAAACAUUCACUUUGCUAGCUGUAUUUUAAAGAAUACAAAACCCUGAAAUUCUUUGUGCCCCAUGCGGGAAGCCAAAAGUGCCCAGGGUGAAGUACCACUUUGCUAUGGUUGGGUUUGUGACUCUCAUAGGGUCUGCUACAUCUCUGUGGUUCCCAGCAAAGCACCACUUCACAACCAUCUUUGUUCCAGCCAAGAAGAACUAGGUCUGUGUCCCCUUUCGUCAGAGAUGUUUUAUCACUUGGGUUUGCUCUUGAGCAGUACUGGGCUCCUGCCUCUUGCAGUGAUAGGCGGAUGUUAUAACUCCACAGCACACCAGCCCUUAGUUGCCCAAGAAUUGAGACGUAAUCAGGAAGGGGAGACCUGUAUUCUUGUCAACCCCCAUCUAACUACAUCCCAGAAUCUUAGGCGCUUGUUUUCAUGAGCACUGAGCGGACAUCUUUACUGUGCUGUCCACAGUGAACCCUAGAUUUUUGUGCCAGAGAGGAUACAGGGAACUCAGAACCCAUCCCUGUGUUGGAGGAAUUUAAAUUGUUCCUUCCAAUGUGCGUCUUCUUGAACUGGCUGAAGAUGAGUUUCACUUGCCCAACAACUGAUUUACUUUCGUCCCUCCCACUCCUCCCUGCCCCGACUCACUAAAUACUUUUGUGCCAUUGGCAAAUGUCACGUCAUUAUCCGCCCUCCGUCCCAAGUCAUUAAUAACUAAAUUGACCAGCACCAGCCCUGGCAUUGAUGUCUGGGGUCACUCCACUAUUAACAUCUCUGCUCAAUAGGAACUGCCUAGUUAUUCUUCCCAUUUGCUCUCUGUUUCUCCUUGUUAGUGUCUGAUCCGUGGUAGGAUGUUACCCCUUGCUCUGGCUAUCCAGUUUCCUUAUUAGCCGCUUAUGAGGGCAUUUAUCAUAGUCUUUUUGAAAGUC